AUGAGCUCAGAGAAGAAGCCUGAUGAUGCUGUGCAAUCGGAUUCAUCAACCGGCUCGACGACUACAUCAUCGCCCACCACAUCCUCCGCCCCUCCGUCAAUAGGUGUGUGCCUACAAGUCGUCAACAGCUUCAUCGACUCCCCAAAUGGUUCCCAGCCCGAUGUGAUGAGCUCGGAGCAGAUGACCACCGUUGCAUCGGAUAAUUCGUCGGCGGCGACUACCUCGUCAUCAUCAACAUCCCGUGCGCCUCCCUCAAUAGCUGUGUGCCUAGAAGUGGUCGGGAUCUUCAGCGGCUCCGCAGAUGCCCCAGCUGUGAUGCCUCACCUCAGCCCGAACACGCCCAUGGAGGAGGGUGACCCGCAAGAAGACGCAGCCUCCGUGUCGACCCCCCACCUCCGC